UAUGAUAUAUGUAUAUCGGGGAGAAGCGGAAAGAUAAUUCCAAAAAUUGUUCAACAGAUCUGAUAAGGCUAAAUUGAAAUAAUAGGAAGGAUAAAUUUAUUUAUUUAUUUUUCUUUUUGAAGUAGCUGACAUGCUAAUUAUCUAUCUAGAUUGAUUGUUGAUUUUUGCCAUAAAAAUAAAUCACAGCUUAGGAAGAGGAAUCAGGAGCAAAGUUGCAGGGAAAUGUCGGCGAAUGGUUGUUUUCCAAAUAUUAUUACAGCAACUGCUCCAUUAUUGGGAUGGCAUCGUAACCAUACGGUGACGUCCCUGGAAGCACCGGCUAAUUACUGCCAGUUCCACCUGCGUUGCUUCAUUCGUUGUGCCGCUUCGACUCACCCCGUUACUGACCACCUAUUACUAUCUCAUUCUGAUUCUGAUUCUGGCUCUGAUUGGAGCCUCUCACCUAGUCCUAAUACUAACCCUAACCCUAACCCUAAUUCAGCAGCAACCAACAAAAACUGUUCUGCAGACUCAGGUUCAAAGGGAUUGACGGCGGGUUUCACGAGACUUAAAGCAAAAAGAGUAAAAGCCCUUGUCAAGAGGAUAAAACAAGAAGAAAUAAGCAUUGGUGAUGAUAAUAAUGAUGAUAAUAGAGGAGUUUCAGAGGGAGGUAGUUACCCCAAAAAUGCUGAACUAGAGGGUUCAUUUGCAAUUUCUCACUUUCGAGGUUGGGCUGAUGGGGGAUCCAUCAGUAAGCCUAAAUUGAACUCACCUCACCUUCCAAAGAAACAUCUUACUCUAUCUACUGGUGCUGGGAGUGACUUUUUUAGUCGAAAAACCUUUGCCAAUUUGGGUUGCAGUGAAUACAUGAUUAAAUCUUUAAAACAACAGCUUUUCCUGCGCCCUUCACAUAUUCAGGCAAAGGCUUUUGGACCUGUUAUUGAGGGACAGAGCUGUAUUAUAGCUGAUCAAAGUGGCUCAGGGAAGACAUUAGCAUACCUUGCACCCUUGGUCCAGCGUCUUAGGGAAGAAGAACUCCAAGGAGUCAGCAAGUCAUCCUCUGGUAGCCCUCGUGCAGUUAUAAUUGUACCAACGGCUGAAUUGGCAUCUCAGGUCUUGAAUAAUUGUCGGUCAUUGUCAAAAUUUGGGGUUCCGUUCAGAUCUAUGGUCGUGACAGGUGGUUUUCGACAAAAAACUCAAUUGGAAAAUCUAGAGCAAAGUGUUGAUGUUUUAAUAGCAACACCAGGUCGUUUCAUGUUCCUAAUUAAAGAAGGCUUCUUGCAGUUAGCAAAUCUUAGGAGUGUGGUUUUUGAUGAAGUGGAUAUACUUUUUAAUGACGAGGAUUUUAAGGUUGCAUUGCAAAGUUUGAUAGACUCUUCACCUGUUAUAACACAAUAUCUAUUCGUCACUGCAACUUUGCCCGUAGAAAUAUACAACAGGCUGAUUGAAGUUUUUCCUGAUACUAAAGUGAUAAUGGGACCUGGCAUGCAUCAUAUAAGCUCUGGUCUUGAGGAGGUUCUUGUGGAUUGCAGUGGAGAAGGGACUUUAAAAACUCCUGAUACAGCUUUCCUUAAUAAGAAGACUGCCCUUCUGAAGCUUGUGGAAGAAAGCCCAGUUUCCAAAACAAUUGUUUUCUGCAACAAGAUUGAAACAUGCAGAAAAGUUGAGAAUGUACUAAAACGUUUUGAUAGGAAAGGAACUCAUGUGCGAAUCCUACCUUUUCAUGCUGCUCUGGCACAAGAAACACGGCUUAUAAACUUGAAGGAAUUUACUCAUUCUCAACCUGGAGGAGAUUCUUUGAUUUUGGUUUGCACUGAUAGAGCAUCGCGUGGAAUAGACUUUGCUGGUGUGGAUCAUGUUGUACUUUUCGACUUCCCUCGUGAUCCUAGUGAAUAUGUGCGCCGUGUUGGACGAACUGCCAGAGGAGCUGGGGGAAAGGGUAAGGCAUUCAUUUUUGUUGUUGGCAAACAAGUUCCUCUUGCACGGAAGAUCAUUGAAAGAAACCAAAAGGGUCAUCCAUUACAUGAGGUGCCAGCUGCCUUUUGAAAUGAUGAAAUGAGUUGGGGUUAAUACGGUUGGAUUGUUCAGUGGGUGCUUGGCAUUUCCGUGCUAAAUUUACAUCAGCUUAGGGUUUAGUUCGGGAAGAAUUUUCCUUUUCCUAAUAGUAAGGGGUUAGGACCAUGGGGCUUGGUUUUCCUUUUCUCCCCCUAUAUUGUUAUUUCUAUUAUUAUACCUAACAAGUGAAGGGGAUUGUUAUUAGACCUCGUUGAGGACAAUUUACAGUUUAUAUAUAUACACGUGUAUUGCUCUUGAAGGAUACACUGUACAUGUUAUAUCUUAGUAGAAUAAAACAUUUAAAUUGGCAUAA